GAGGAAAGCCUGCAUUUCCAGCACAAACUGGAUGCCCUGGAAGCGGAGAUCUCCCGCCUGUCGCUCGAACUCCGGGAUCUGGAGAACGUGAACAGUGACGCCCAGCGUGCUCGGGAUGCAGCCAGGGACCAGCUCCUGACCCAAGAGGAGACCAUCUACCGAGAACGGAAGCUCCGGGACAAGAAGCUGAAGGACCUCAAGAAACUGACGGAGGAGAACCGAGCCCAGAACGAGCGGGCGGAGAGACGGCAUUCCCAGAAGGAGCACGUCCCCUUCAGGACCGAAGACCUUCUCAAAGACCCCCAGUACGCGAAAGGGACCAUCCUGAAAAGCAAGCAGGCCAUGUUCACCGCCACGGACGCCUUCGACAAGAUCCGAUCAGCCACGGGCGUCAACCCGGCUGGGGUCCGAUGCAACAGAAGGUCUGAUGCAACAGAAACACAAGAGGGAAAAGUGGUGGCCCGCUUCCUGGCCCAGGAAGAGACUUUCAGGCAUCUGGAGGAGAUGAAGUGCGAGAACGAGGAGGCCGUGGUGCGCCUGAAGGAGGAGAAGGAGGCGCUGCAGGCGAAGCUCCAGAACCUCAAGUACUCCGGAGAGGCCCAGCUGAUUGGCACCCAGAACCUGCUGAAGAAGCUCCGCGGCCACCUGGGGCAAGAAGAGGCCAGGCGCAGCGCAACCAAGGCCGAGCUGGACAAGGUGACCCGGCUGCUGCUCAACGCCAGGGCGGGCGUGGAGCAUCUGGCAUCCAAAGUGCAGCACAUCAAGCUGGAAAGCAGCCGCUCUGCUUCUACCCAGCUGGACGAGAAAGCCAGCGACUAUGUGCUGGACCUCCUGGGCCAAACGGAGGAGAAACUGCUGCACGUGAUGCAGUCCCUGGGGGACCGGGACCAGGCUGAGCUGCUCCGGAGAAUUGAAGAGGUGGAGUUCCACUCGAAGAUGGAGAGGAGGCUGCCGUCCUACAACACCCGGGUCAAAUUGCCCGUCGCUCAGAAAGCGGACAUGUAUUACGACGAGGAGGACAGCGGAGAGGAGGAUGCCGCCGACGUGGUGACGCGGGCAGCCCUGAAGCGCCAGUCGCAGCAGAUCAUCGAGGCCAGGACCAAACGCCGCACCCGCUACAGGAAGAAGGAGGGAAAGAUGUGA